UUAACAAUGAUGUGGUGCCAGUAUCUGAAACACUUAUCCAGGGAUAUCAAAAAACUUCUGUCCAGUGUACAUGUUUAAAUUACAGUGUAAAGCAAAGUAUCGAAGACAACAAAGAUGUGACAUGGCUUGAUUUUGAUAACUUUCUGAACAAAUUAGACAUUUGUGAAGAAAAGGAAAGUUUUGAUGAUUUUGAUCUAAAGAUAACAGCUGAAAAUCUCCACAUUGUUGCUGACAGUUUACCUGCAUCAGGAAUUGUUGUUGAUGUGUACAUUUGGCCACCAAAAGUCAAAGAUAAAAGCAACUAUAUUCUAUUCCUUGGAGCAUUACGGAGACUAAAAGAUUGGCACAAUGCACAUAUUGUUGUGUUUGAGCCUGAUCCAAGCCCAGAUACGGAGUUCUUACAGAAAUUCCUCUCGGCUGACGUGUAUGUUGAUACUAAGAGAUUCCAACUCAAGGGAGACAACUUGAUGUGGAGGGGCAAAAUAUCUGUCUGUGAUAAAAUAGAGAACAAUGGGCUGACAGUUUCAGGUGUGAGUAUGCACAAGAUAAAUGAGGAAACACCUGACUUCAAGUUCCCUAUAAUAGAUCAGGACAAGGACGGAUGUCAUUUAGGACGGAUGUUUGAGAUUCUUGAUGAAGUCAGUUUGCUGACAGUACCAUCAUUAAUGAAAACACCUCAUGUAUAUAAACUAUGUUUGUAUCAAAAGCAUGCCUAUUCACAAGUAUUAAUGAAUUACAUCCAGGAAAACUCUCAGACAGGAAUGUUGGCAAGGUUAGCUGUAUACCCUGGUCAAGAAGUGGCGCCAUCUUGUGGUGAAGUUGGAUUGUCUACAGAAGCAUGGAAGGAAAACAUUAUGGCUGACAUACAGUUUGUACAAGAACCUGAAGAAGUCCUGCAAGACAAUUAUGAGUUCUUAUACUUCAUAGUAACCUCCCCUGAUAAACAUCAAACUUUAGAGAAUUUCGUAGCAUAUGCCUAUGUUCUUCAACAUCCAUACCAUCUCAGUGGUGAUUUAGUAAACAAUUUAUACAAAAGUGCCAUUUGUCCUGUAAAGGGAGAUGAUUCUGAAAAGAUUGAUUUGAGUGAGCUCCCUUUGAUGAGUUGGGAUACCUUGAGAAAUGUAGAGGCAGAUAUAGUGUCGUUACAAAGAACUGUGUUACAGCACUGGGCAGAGAAGAGACAAGGCCAAGAGGAAAGUACAGAAAUGGGUUCUGCAGAACUAGCUUCUAUAUUGGCCGAUGUUAGACUCAAAUAUGUAUUUAAUCUGAAGGAUCGGCUCCAGGAUUGUAAAACAUUCUGUGAUAUUCCUGUGAAAUGGAAAAUAAAUAUGGAAAAAGAAGUCUCUGAUAUGUUAGAGAAUACAGCAGAAUGGCCUGAGAGACUGGCACUACAGUAUAUAGAAUCACAGAAACGCUGUCUAUCCAGGGUGCAGUCAACAGAAAGCAUGCCAAUGUCUUCACCUUUACAACCUUCUGAAGUGUCUACCAGUAUAGAUAUUCAGAGUUUCCUGAAAUUCUUCCAGCCAGAUGGGUCAGCAUCUGCUACCAAUAUGUCUCCGGUACAUAGAAGGCAUCCGUGUAGAAGUAAAGGUAAAAUGUUGACCCCAGAUACAGCGAGCCCUCAUCAAGCCUCCUGGCCAGAUAGUAAAGAUAUUAUUUCACAUGAUAUCUACUACAAUAUUGACAAAAAGACGGAGAAGAUCAACAAACAUCUCAAUAAACUUCAGGAGAAGUAUGUGAAAGAAGAAACAUACAGUUCCUGCCUGUCUCCUGUAUGUUUAUUUCCAAAGGCUAAAAAGAAGUCAGUCGUGAAACAAGAAAUUGAACUGAGAAGGUCACCCAGGAAGAAGAACGCGAGACCCAGUUUUGAUGAAAAUGUACCAGGGUAUAGUUCAAGUUUGAGGAAAAGUAGUGCCAGUGGACGUUCCUCAGAUUCUCAUUCUGCCUUAGCAACUCUCCAUGACAACGAGUCUAGACGGCGAUUCUCUACACCACAUGGUCUUCCAUUACAAAAUGUUCGAAGGUUAAGCUCAUCUCUAUCGAAG